AUGCGGAUUCUCUAUUCCGCACUCAACUACCCCUGCUUCACCAGAAACACCCAAAUUCUGAAAGAAACUGGUGUACCUUCACUCUCUGAGGCUGCAAUCAAGUUUGCGGCAAAUCUCCGGGUCAGGUCACCCAAACCCGUUCAUCUCAACACUUCCGAUUUCGCCCAAGCCGAGCGAGUGCAGCACGCCUCCGACCCGGCUAGACGACCCCAGCAAGAUUUACGAGCACUGUUCGUCAGGCUCAAAUACUUGCAUGCUCCAUUCCUGGGUGUCCCAGGGAUCCCGCCAUGCGACCCCAGGUUGACAUUGGAGCUUCCUCUCCCGACCUGGGCCUUCGAGCUUUUACGCCUCCAGACCCCUCUCGUUGCUCCGGUAUUUCGUAAUGCUGCACCAUCAUGGGAUGUGAUGCAAACUGCAUCAUCUGAUGCUCUAAGUUUUGCUUGCAAACCUGAUGAUUUGGAAUGUAAAAAAAUGCAACUACGCAUGCCAACAGACGUGAAUGAACAAGACAGGCAAAGAAAACGAUGCGAUACAUGUCUCAAAUCGUAUCGUUGUGCUAAACUUCGGAAAUGUGAACCGUGUGAAAAAAUUUGCGGAAAUGACGUCAUGGGAAAUGUAGGUAGCAUUAACAAAAUUGAUGAGUACAGUGCCUACUUUACUCUUGGAGAAUUUGGACCUGGGUUUCAAAUGGAUCAAAUCGUGGAUUUUAUAGGUUUACCUGAAAGGGAUAAGUAUGAGAAAGUUGUUGUUAUAGGAAAAACUAAAGAUCAAAAUGGCCUAAAAAAGUGUAAAGCGUUAAUCAUUGAUCCGGUUGAAUCAUUCAAGGAUAUUAAAGAAGCAAAAUGUGCAGGAAUUGCACUGAAAAAAACUGAAACCGAUCAAAAAUUGGUAGCACCAUCAAAUAUACAAGACUACAUCGAAACUGCAGAAAAUCAUCUCAUAGCGUUACUAGCUGAAUUCCAAUUGGGCGAAACCGCUAGCACAGCUAGUACAAACUAA